CAAAACUUUAAAUAAAUUGCUGUCGUUAAGGGGCAGAUUAAGUGUUGAACAUGGGAGACGGCAAGGAGGGCGAGCAGCAGCCGUUAUUAGAAAAUGAAAAUAACCCUUUCUACGGUUUACACGGCGUUAAUCAUACAGAUGAGACACAAACUAUAGACACAGUGUCCACAAUUGGCCCGGAUGAGUUACCUCCUCCAUAUCAAUUGUUCCAACCAGGGGGUACGCCUAUGGUUACUUGCAGAGUUUGUCAAGCUAUGAUAGAUAUAUCUGGUAAAAAAGACCAACAUGUUGUUAAAUGUUGUCAUUGCAAUGAGGCCACACCCAUACAAAGUGCACCACCGGGAAAGAAAUAUGUCCGUUGUCCGUGUAAUUGUUUACUAAUAUGUAAGAGCUCUUCGCAACGUAUUGCUUGUCCAAGGCCAAAUUGUAAACGCAUUAUUAAUCUUGCUCCAAGCCCAAUUACACCACCUGUUCUUUCCAUGCCUGGAAUGUGUAGAGUAGGCUGUGCUCAUUGUCACGACACAUUUUUGUUUAAUACAUUGCACAAUGCUUUGGCACGAUGUCCGCAUUGCCGAAAAAUAUCUUCCGUUGGUCCAGACUUUGCUAGAGGUCGGGGUAUUGCAUUCGUUAUUGUUGGACUAUUAAUUUUAAUAAUCGCGAUAGCUGUGACUGUUGGGACACAUGCAUAUGCAAAAACUCAUGGUGGAGUGUAUGUAGCAUAUGUAGGUGCAUUUUUAUUGGCACUUUUGUGCUUUGGGCGCAGCAUUUAUUAUUGUACAAUGAAAAUUAGUUUAAUAGAAGGCCCCAUGUAGUCCCCUAAAUGACAAUCAACAACUAAUACUUUAAAACCAAUUCCUCUACAUCUAUGUCGUAUAAUAAUAUAUUUAGAUCAAAUGUUUAUAGUAAUGACAAAAGCGUGUCCUGGUUGGACAUAACUGAUAGAUGUAUGCAUUCUGACAUCUGCAUAUGCGAGUCUACAUUGAUAAUACUGCUCGUUCGAACAUUCUCGCAUAUGUAUUUGUAGAUAUACAUGACGGGUAAAGAGACAUAUUCGGUAUGUGAGAGAUUUUCGUAUAAGGUAAUCUAUUUAGAAUAACUAGAUGAAGAUGGGGGUGUCCAUUUUAAACACAAAGGAUUGUUCCUCUGCACUUUUAUAUAUAGAAGCACAGGACCAAUGCAACAGCCCCAUUAUAUUGUUUUCAUAUAUUAAAGUAUACUAUACAUGCUUUCUACAUCUACAAUAAACAUAUAAAAUGCACAUACGUAUAAACAUAAAUAAAACAUUCUCGCAUGAAUAUUAUUCCAAUUAUGAACUGCUAUACAUACAGCUGCAAAAAUUGUGUUUCUAAAACUAUACUUGCAUCGUCAUUAAAUAUCU